CAAAAAUAAAUGUGUGUCAUCAUCGUCUCCCCAACUCAAAGAGGACCUCCCAACCAGAGUUAGAGGGUGGAGAUAAACUUAGACGCGUCCUUCUUCAUCAUCCUCCUGCGUCUUCUUUACGUCACCGGAGAUCAAAUCUUAUCGCCGGAGAUUCUUCAUCGCAACGAAAAAAAAGCUCAAAACUAUUGCUGAAAAAAAAAUAUGCAAUGGAAUGGGGCGAGACGAGCCCAUUCUUUAUGGUGCAAGAGUCUAACAAACAACACUCAUUUGCAUCAUCCUUCUAUUCCAGUCUCACAUUUUGUCACCACCACUACCAUCAUGUCGAGUUUGGAGGAGCCGCUUGGCUUUGACAAGUUGCCUAGUAUGAGUACAAUUGAUAGGAUUCAGAGGUUUUCCUCUGGUGCUUGUCGGCCUAGGGAUGAUUUCGGCAUGGGACACCGUUGGAUUGAUGGAAGAGAUUGCACCACCUCUAACAGUUGCAUUGAUGAUGAUAGAAGCUUCGGUGGUAAAGAGUCCUUCCCGUGGAGAAGGCAUACUCGAAAACUAUCUGAAGGAGAACUACAUCUGCUUCAGAAUAUUUCUAUUUCAGGGAGGACUUCUACAGUUUCUGCAACUCUAAGGGAAUCCAAAAGUUUUAAGGGCCAUAAGUAUAGCACAUUUAGCAAUGACAAUGGCACGCCACAUAUAACUCAUAAGAUCUCUAAAGGUAUACCAAAGUUUGUGAAGAUUGUAGAAGUUGGUCCAAGGGAUGGCCUGCAGAAUGAGAAAAAUAUAGUACCCACAUCUGUAAAGGUGGAACUAAUUCAGAGAUUAGUUUCUUCUGGAUUGCCCGUUGUCGAGGCUACAAGUUUUGUAUCACCAAAAUGGGUUCCCCAGCUUGCAGAUGCAAAGGAUGUAAUGGAUGCUGUAAAUAGUUUAGAUGGGGCUCGAUUGCCUGUUCUGACACCAAAUCUAAAAGGCUUUGAAGCGGCUGUAUCUGCAGGUGCUAAGGAAGUUGCAAUCUUUGCAUCAGCUUCUGAGUCAUUCUCCUUGUCAAAUAUUAACUGUACCAUCGAAGAGAGUCUCUUGAGAUAUCGUGCUGUUACCGCUGCUGCAAAGGAGCAUGGGGUUCCCGUCCGUGGGUAUGUAUCUUGCGUUGUGGGGUGUCCAGUGGAGGGAGCCGUUCCACCCUCAAAAGUGGCUUAUGUUGUGAAAGAACUCUACGACAUGGGCUGCUUUGAGAUAUCUCUAGGUGACACAAUUGGGAUUGGUACUCCUGGUUCUGUAGUUCCCAUGCUCGAAGCCGUUAUGGCAGUUGUGCCUGCCGACAUACUGGCUGUUCACUUCCACGACACCUAUGGACAAGCUCUUGCAAACAUAUUGAUGUCUCUCCAAAUGGGAAUAAGCAUAGUAGACUCAUCAAUUGCUGGAUUAGGCGGCUGCCCAUAUGCAAAAGGAGCUUCAGGAAAUGUAGCCACAGAGGAUGUGGUUUACAUGUUGAAUGGUUUAGGCGUCCAAACCAAUGUCGACUUGGGAAAGCUUAUAGCUGCUGGAGAUUUCAUCAGUAAGCAUCUCGGCCGUCCCAACGGUUCAAAGGCUGCCGUUGCCCUCAACCGUCGGAUCACAGCUGAUGCCUCCAAGAUAUGAGUUUUGUUAGAGGAUUCACAUAUGUUAAUAAGUCUUAUGAAUACGAGAGGGUUCAAAAGAAAGUGGAAUAUAAAUUUUAUAUACAUAAGAUGCUGUAUGAAUGAUUCAUUGUUAUAAACGAUGCUACUUAAAGGUACAAUGGUUUUUAUACUUGUUUCUUUGCAAUGUAAUGUUCUGCAAUGCUUUAUAUGCUA